AUGGAUUUAGAGGCUAUGUCGUUCUAUGACUCGCAGACCACUACACCUACGAGGUCUAGCUUGGAUUAUAGCUACCAAAAUGGCCACGACGAUGAAAUUAACCGUUUAGAGACUAUACCGAGUGUGCUGGAUAGCAAUGGCGAAAAACACGUGCGCCGUCCCAGCCCUAGCCGCUCCCGAAGAAGCUCGGACACGAGGACCAUACAACAAGAGGAUGUGGAAAAACAAGCCGGAUACACGACCGGAGACGGAAAAGAGAGCGAGACAAGCGACGAUGCAGCUCCGGAGCCCACCAGAGACCCCAACUUAGUCGAAUGGGACGGUCCUGAUGACCCCGAAAACCCUCAGAAUUUCCCUGUGGCCAGGAAGUGGACUAUCACUAUGCUACUUUCUUUCCUUACUAUCUGGGUUACCUUCUCGACCAGCGUGUUUAGUCAGGCCACCCGAAUCACGGCCGCUGAGUUUGGCGUGUCUGAUGAGGUUAUGAUCCUGGCAACUAGUCUACCACUCUUUGGCUUUGCUCUCGGCCCGUUACUAUGGGGCCCCUUUUCCGAGCUCUUCGGCAGAAAGAGACCAUUGUUUUUCGGCUUCUUUGUCUUUAUCAUCUUCCAAAUUCCCGUCGCCGUGGCUCAAAAUGUCGAGACCAUUAUGCUUUCUCGCUUUUUCAUCGGAUUCUUUGGUUGUGCUCCCUUGGCGAUUAUCGGGGGUGCCCUAGCUGACCUUUGGGACCCUAUCGAUCGAGGUGUAGCGGUUGCCACGUUUGCUGGAGGUACCUUCGGCGGCCCUACUUUGGGCCCGAUUCUCGGUGGCUUCAUUGUUCAGUCUCAUCUGGGCUGGAGGUGGACAGCCUGGAUCACCAUGAUUGCUGGCGGAGCCUUCAUGAUCAUCGCCUUCAUCUUUGUUCCCGAAACAUACCCGCCCGUCCUCCUUCAGAGGCGAGCAGCUCGUCUACGUAUAGAGACGAAGAACUGGGCGUACCACAGCAAGCUGGACGAGAACCCUCCCACGGCUGGAGACAUUCUUACGCGCUAUGUCGGGCGUCCUUUUGAGAUGCUUUUCCUAGAACCUAUCCUGCUUUGCAUUACUAUCUACCUUGCUCUGAUCUACGGGAUUCUGUACCUGCUUUUCGAGGCCUACCCCUACUCCUUCCAGGGAGUUCGUGGUUGGAAGAGCGCCGGAGUGGCUGCCUUGCCAUUCUUGGGUAUCUUGAUUGGAGUCUUUCUUGGAUGUGCUUAUAUCGUCUACUUAACCAAGACCAGAUUUGCACGGAAAAUGAGGAAACAUGGCGUUGUCCCCGAAGAACGUCUCGUGCCCAUGUUCCUUGGCUCCGUUCUCCUGCCUAUUGGAUUGUUCUGGUUUGGCUGGACAUCAAACAAACAUGUCAGCUGGGUGCCCCAAGUCCUUGCCGGCAUCCCCAUCGGAGCCGGUAUCCUCAUCAUUUUCAUGCAGGGAUUGAACUACAUGAUCGAUGUGUACUUGAUGUUUGCCAAUUCUGCCAUUGCCGCCAACACCCUGUUCCGAAGCGCCUUGGGUGGUGGUUUCCCACUCUUUGCGACGCAGAUGUACAAAACCCUCGGUGUCCCUUGGGCAACUAGUCUCUUGGGAUUCUUGACUGCGGCCAUGGUCCCUAUCCCGGUUUUGUUCUAUCUCUAUGGAGCCAAGCUUCGCGCCCUGAGUCGCUUCAACCCGAGGUUGUGAUUCGCUUUGUAUCCUCUCUCGCAUGGUCUAAAACACCAUAUAUUGCACUGUAUAAUAGUUGGUUUGCAUUGGGUCGGCUUCAGCGUCCUUUUUGAUUUUGAUUGCAUGGCAUUGAUAGAUUGCAUGUAUGAUGAGCGGCAUUAUUGUAGGUGUACGCAAUAAUAAAUAUUCUCCUCUGU